GGCUAAAGUUUCCUCUCCUCUCCGCUCUCUGGGAUUUGUUUUGUGGAGAUAACCGGAGCUGAUCGGCGCCACACGGCCGCAGAGGUGAGCUCUAACCCUGGUGAACUGGAGUCGCAGCGGGGAUUGUGGAGGUGAUCAGAGGCCGCUGUCUCACAUGCCAAGAGGAGAAAGAAGAGAAGGAAGUGGACAGAGUGUGAGGAAAGACACUGCAGAGAAGAUGACGAGCUUUCAGUGCUGACGUACAAGCUGGAUUGUUUCCGUGGAUGAAGUCAGUGCUGGGGCUGCCUACACUUCAGGAUUGACACACCGACAGGAAGGAAGCCAGGACAAAGAAGGUAGGGCCCAGGAUGACAAGUGCGGCCCCUGCACGGAAGCCAUACCGCAAGGCUCCACCGCAGCACCGUGAGACACGCCAAGCUCUGCCCGUCGCUCCACCACCUCCUGCGCCUCAGCACAACAUCAAUCAGGAGGCGAUAUCAGAGUCUGACAGGAUCAGAAUCCUCCAGCAGCAGAAUGAAGACUUGCAGCGCCGCCUCUCUCUCACCACCCACAAAAUGGAGGCCAUGGAGGCGGAGUUUGAUGGCAGCCGUCACUACAUGGAGGCUGAGCUCAGCCGGACCAGAGACGACCUGGACAAGAUGAGGGACAAGUUCCGCAGACUCCAGAACAGCUACACGGCGUCUCAGAGAGCCAAUCAGGAUCUGGAGGAGAAGCUCCACGCUCUGCUACGGAAGGUGGAAAGGGACAAAAAGACAAUGGACCAGGAGAUUGUGGAACUGACCAACAAACUCCUGGACGCUAAGAACACAAUUGAUCGUCUAGAGGAACUCAAUGAGCGUUACAGGCAGGACUGUAACUUGGCUGUCCAGCUGCUCAAAUGCAACAAGUCGCAUUUCAGGAACCAUAAGUUUGCUGAUUUACCCUACGAGCUUCAGGACAUGCUAAAUAAACACAUGAAGAGCAGCCUGCCUGAACGGGGCCCUGGCCCCGGCUCUCAGGACCCCGACACACUCAGUUUAACUCCAGCGGAUGUUGUGCCGACUUCUGUCAUUGCUCGCGUCCUUGAGAAACCCGAACCUCUGGUCCUGAACUCUGCCCAGUCCAGCAGCUGCGGCAGGCCCGUUGCUGAGGACGUCUUUGUUCAUGUGGACAUGACAGGCCCUGCCGGGGCCGAGGGCCAUAGCAGGGAGAAUGGCAGCAGUCAGGGGGCGCAACAGAACGGUUCCUGUAGAAGUCAGAGUAGUAUCGAUGGACAGGUGGGUAGUGAAGAGGUAGGCGGGGUUCCAUCAUUUGAGAAAUUGAACCCAUACCCUGCGCCACCGCCGCCCCAUCCUCUUUAUCCCGGCCGUAAGGUCAUCGAGUUCUCUUCAGACGACAAAGUCAAGAUCCCAAAAAACUCCCCACUGCCCAACUGCACCUACGCCACCCGUCAGGCAAUCUCCCUGAGCCUGGUCCAGAAUGAUGACGAGCGGAUGGCAACUGGAAGCCCUGCCCCCUCCUCCUCCUCAGGUGGGGGUGGGCACCAGCGCACUCCUCCAUCACAACGGGACGCCACCAGUGAGCCUUUGUCCAGUCAGUCCAGCCCAUUCAGCAGCCCACCACAGGCUCCCAGCGUCCUGGCCAGCUCUGCGAGCUCAGAGGAGGACCUGCUGGCCAACUGGCAGCGAAUGUUUGUAGAAAAGAUGGCACCAUCCAGCGAGAGCUCAGUGGUCCACCGCACUUCGUUCAGCAGUCAAACGGCUCAGGAGCUGCAGAGGAGGAGGCAGACACCAGGAGGUGGGACUUCCUCCUCCUCUGAUCGCCACAGAGCAGCGUAUUCAGACGGUGAGGAGGGCUCGUCAGCACGCAGCUGGACGCCUAGUCGUGGCUCCAGCCUGGACACCGACACCGACACUGAGCAAAGGUCUGGCAGGAGAGGACGCUACAGCAUUGGGGAUGGCUCCACAGAGGAGGGCAAGAGGUUGCUUAUGAACCUGGAGGAUGACGGCGGCAGUGGGGACACUGCCGUCACCGUGGAGACCAGCCCAGCUGACACCCGCAGGAAUGAUUUUGAGGAGGAGGACGCAGAGAGUUCAGCCGAGGAGAGAGACGUCCUCCCACACGACCUGCCCGUCAUCUCACCACGCCUCCUGGACUUUGACUCAGCCCACGCCUCUGCCGCCCCUUCACAGCGACCACAGAAGAGUCCGAAGAGGAUGGGUGUGCACCACCUGCACCGCAAAGACAGUCUGACCCGAGCCCAGGAGCAAGGCACUCUGUUGGACUGAUGCUCGCUCUCCAGAGCCUGAGAAAGCCUUGCUCGCCCCACACUGUGCUCCAUCAGCUGCUGUCUGUUUCAUGGCCACUGGCCUGUCUGUACGGGGUCAGAGGUCAAGCCCAUCAGGAUAUAGCCAUACCUUACCGUAUGCUGCCGAGCUCACUGCGUGUAUGUUCGUUUGUGAGUGAGCGAGUGUGUCAGACCGAUCAGUUUUGAUAUUGAUCAGCUCUGGAUCAAUAUGUAGGCUUCUGUAUCAGUGAUUUGAACCCAGUCAAUCAGCUGAUCAGACAGAUUGAUAGGUAAAUAAAGAGAUUUAUUUUUGUGUAUUAAAAUAAAUUCUAACAGUAUUUUUAAAGAUAAGAGUUUUAGAAAAAUACUCAUUCUUCAAAAUUAAAAAAAAGAUUUUAAAAAAUCAUUGAUCAGUCAAAAGUAUGUGGACCGGCCCGAUCCACAGGAUGUUAAAGGAAUGUUGUGUUCUGCAGCAGAGUUCCACAUCUUUCAUUUCAGGAGAUCCAAUACGUCAAAGACUGAAAAUUCAACAGUGUUAAAUCAACUAGAAAACUUCUAUUCAAAUUCUCAGAACUAUCCAACAGAAUUGGGUUGGUGGAGUCGACGUACUUGAGGACAUUUAGUAUAAAGUUUGUCAGCAUACUUAUGGAUGGGAUGGUAGCCGGCAUACGAAGCCUUUAAACAGAACUCAUGAAGUUGUUAAGUUGUUCUGUGAAGUCAACAUGAAACCAAAAGAUGCAGAGCUCCGUAGCUCUGUAUUUGGCUAAAAAACUGAAGUCACCGGGGUUCAACAUAUCUUAAAGUCCCUGUAAAGCAAAAUCAAAAAUGUAAUCCUGAACACACAGGAUAUGUUGGAACAAAUAUGCUGUAAAUGUGUGAACAGACUGAGAGCUAAAUGUGAUUAUACUAUGGAUUUAGUCCAGCAGAAAUAUGGUCACCACUUUAGAGGCUAAUGGGCUAAAUGUAGGACAGUUGCAUAAUCUGGCCUCCCUAACGCUACAGCCAUAUUCAAGUGCAGUGUGUUGUUGAGUUGGCUAACUAUGCCUACCUCAUAGAUACUUGAAGGUAGGUAUGGGAGGGUUGCUAACAACGUAAUGAUAAAAACUGUGUAAAUUUUACCUGCAGAUUCUGCCUCUCCCUCACUGACACAGAAAUGCAGAUUACCUUUAUGUCAAGGGGAAGGCUGUUUGCUGGAAUGGUUGUCUCUGUGUCACCUGAGCCUAUCACUGCAUGCAUUAACAUCUUAACUUGCUGAAGGUCUGUUUUACUGAUAUCCUCCUGUCAUAAGUCCAGGAUGAUUAAAAGGAAAGGGCUGUGGUUCUGUCUUU